AUGGUCCCAGAUGAGGAACCAAGAUCUCUGCUCCCUGGUGCCUUGCCCAUUUCUGCUAGCUGCCCAAACCGGGUGCCUCAUUCCAUGCCCGAAAUAGAGCGGAUCACAGGCGCAUUUCAUGGCGCUCUCGGGUGUGGCUUUACUCCUGGGAAGCAUCUCCUGCAGGAAGGCGACGACGAAAGCUCUGCCGCCGUGAAGCUGGCGAUUCCCCUGCGCUUCUACGAAACCCAGUUCAGCCACCUUUAUGUGGGCACCAACGGCAUCAUCUCCACGCAGGACUUCCCCAGGGAGACUCAGUAUGUGGACGACGAUUUCCCUACGGACUUCCCGGCCAUCGCCCCCUUCCUGGCCGACAUCGACACCAGCCACGGCAGGGGCCGGGUCUUGUACCGCCAGGACACCUCCCGGGCAGUGCUGGGCCUGGCCGCCCUGUACGUGCGCGCAGGUUUCCCGAGCUCCGCGGCGCGCUUCGCCCCCACCCACGCCUUCCUAGCCACCUGGGAGCAGGUGGGCGCCUACGAGGAGGUCACGCGAGGGGCGCAGCCCUCGGGAGAGCUGAACACUUUCCAGGCAGUCUUGGCAUCUGAUGAGUCUGAUACCUACGCCAUCUUUCUUUACCCUGCUAAUGGCCUUCAGUUCUUUGGAACCCGCCCCAAAGAGUCUUACAAUGUCCAGCUGCAGCUUCCAGCUCGGGUGGGCUUCUGCCGAGGAGAGGCUGGUGACCCGAAGAGAGAAGGACCAUGUUUCAGCUUGACUAGCACAGAACAGACGGUGAAAAAUCUCUACCAACUGAGCAACCUGGGGGUUCCUGGCGUGUGGGCUUUUCAUAUUGGCAGCACUUCCCCGCUGGACAAUGUCAGCCCAGCUGCAGGUGGAGGACACCUCACCACAGCCCGCUCUGCAGCUCCACCGGAACAGACCAGCCAUGCUGCAGCCCUGGGAAAUGACUAUACUGAGGACAAUUUGGAUUAUUACGAUGAGAAUGAGGAGGAAGUUGAGUACCCACCAAGCGAACCAGAGGGGGCAACAAAUGGCCGUAGCACUGUUGAUGUUUCCUUUCACUCGAAAGCUGAUUCAGGGCCUUUGGGAGGAGAGAUCUCUCCUCCAGAUUCUGAUCUGGCCUCUCCUUUGCCACAUCUAAUACCUAGUGAUCAGCCAUUCUACCCCGAAACAGAAUCUGCCACCAAAGAGGGGGUCUCUCUGAGGGAGGGAGAGGCCCCUGAUCUACAAGGCCAAGUUGAGUCUUCAGACCAGAUAGAGACCAGAAGCUUGACUCCAUCAGAGGUAGAUGGAGACCCAUUGGCUCCUUCCUGGGAAGCCCCACCACCCUACCCUGGAAGCAAAAACACCCGGCCCUAUCCAGAUGGAGGGGCAGUGCCUUCAGAAACGGACAUUCCUCCAGGCCAUCCUAACGGAGAAGCCGUUCUUCUAAAUUCCGCUUUGCCAGGUCACAGUCUACCCCGGAGUGGAGGGAGGUACGUGGUCGGAGUGGAAGACAACAUCGAGUCCAACACUGAGGUCUUCACGUACAACGGUGCCAGCAAGGAGACCUGUGAACACAGCCAUGGGCAGUGCUCCCUGCACGCCUUCUGCACGGACUAUGCCACCGGCUUUUGCUGCCACUGCCAGUCCAGGUUUUAUGGAAAUGGGAAGCACUGUCUGCCUGAAGGGGCACCUCAUCGAGUCAAUGGGAAAGUGAGUGGCCAGCUCACUGUGGGCCACACGCCCGUGUACUUCUCUGACGUGGACCUGCAUGCCUACAUUGUGGGCAAUGACGGCAGAGCCUACACGGCCAUCAGCCACAUUCCACAGCCAGCAGCCUACGCCCUUCUCCCCCUCACACCAAUCGGAGGCCUGUUUGGAUGGCUCUUUGCUUUAGAAAAGCCAGGCUCAGAGAAUGGCUUCAGCCUCACUGGUGCUGUCUUUACCCAUGACAUGGAAGUUACUUUCUACCCAGGAGAGGAGAAGGUUCAUAUCACUCAAAUUGCUGAGGGGCUUGACUCAGAAAACUAUCUGAGCAUGAAGACCCACAUUCGAGGCCAGGUCCCUUAUAUCCCAGCAAACACCACGGCCCACAUUGCUUCCUACAAGGAGCUUUACCAUUACUCUGACUCGGCUGUGACCUCCACGAGUUCCAGGGACUACUCUCUUACCUUUGGUUCAGUCACUGAAACACGGUCCUACCGGAUUCACCAGAACGUCACUUACCAGGUGUGCAGGCAUGCCCCCGGACACCAGGCCGUCCCCACCACCCAGCAGCUGAAUGUGGACCGUGUCUUUGCCUUGUACAGUGAUGAAGAAGGAGUGCUUAGGUUUGCCAUUACCAGUCAGAUUGGCCCUGUUGAAGGAGACCCGGACUCUGCUCCAGUGAAUCCUUGCUAUGACGGGAGCCACGCAUGUGACACAACAGCACGAUGCCAUCCGGGGGCAGGCGUAGAUUACACCUGCGAGUGUGCACCUGGGUACCAGGGAGAUGGACAAAGUUGUGGGGACAUAAAUGAAUGUGCAACUGGCUUCCAUCACUGUGGCCCCAACUCUGUGUGUAUCAACUUGCCAGGAAGCUACAGGUGUGAGUGCCGGAGUGGUUAUGAGUUUGCAGAUGACCAGCACACCUGCAUCUUGAUCGCUCCACCUUCUAACCCCUGCGAGGAUGGCAGUCACAACUGUGCCCCUGCUGGGCAGGCCCGGUGCAUUUACCACGGAGGCAGCACUUUCACCUGCGCCUGCCUGCCUGGCUAUGCCGGCAGUGGGCAGCAGUGUACUGAUGUUGAUGAAUGCUCGGAAAACAGAUGUCACCCUGCGGCUACCUGCUACAAUACACCUGGUUCCUUCUCCUGCCGCUGCCCACCUGGAUAUCAUGGGGAUGGAUUUCACUGCACCUCUGAAGACUCUGCAGCUGAACUGAAAACUUGUGAGCACCAGCAGCGCUACGCCCAGGCUCAGCACACCUACCCUGGGGCCCGGCACCACAUCCCCCAGUGCGACGAGCAGGGCAACUUCCUGCCACUGCAGUGCCACGGAAGCACCGGCUUCUGCUGGUGUGUGAACCCUGAUGGUCAUGAAGUCCCUGGUACUCGGACCCCACCUGGCUCCAACCCGCCUCACUGUGGACCACCACCAGAGUCCACCCAUAGGCCCCGCACCGUCUGUGAGCGCUGGAAGGAAAGCCUGCUGGAGCACUACGGUGGCACGCCACGGGACGACCAGUACGUGCCCCAGUGUGAUGAGCUGGGCCACUUCAUCCCCUUGCAGUGCCAUGGGAAGAGCGACUUCUGCUGGUGUGUGGACAGAGACGGCAGAGAGGUGCAGGGCACGCGUUCCCAGCCAGGCACGCCCCCUGCGUGUAUUCCCACGGUUGCACCACCCACGGUCCGGCCCACGCCCCGACCUGAUGUGACCCCUCCAUCUGUGGGCACCUUCCUACUCUAUGCCCAGGGCCAACAGAUCGGCCACUUGCCCCUCAAUGGCACCAGGCUCCAGAAGGACGCGGCCAAGACCCUGCUGUCAUUGCAUGGCUCCAUUGUUGUGGGAAUCGAUUACGACUGCCGGGAGAGAAUGGUGUACUGGACAGAUGUUGCUGGGCGGACGAUCAGCCGUGUCAGUCUGGAACCCGGAGCAGAGCCCGAGACGAUCGUGAACUCAGGUCUGAUAAGCCCCGAAGGACUUGCCAUUGACCACUUCCGCAGAACAAUGUACUGGACGGACAGCGGCCUGGAUAAGAUCGAGAGAGCUAAGCUGGAUGGCUCUGAGCGCAAGGUCCUCUUCCACACGGAGCUGGUGAAUCCCCGCGCCAUCGCUGUGGAUCCAAUCCAAGGCAACUUGUACUGGACUGACUGGAACAGAGAAGCUCCUAAAAUUGAAACAUCUUCUUUAGAUGGAGAAAACAGAAGAAUUUUGGUCAAUAAAGACAUUGGAUUACCCAAUGGUUUAACCUUUGACUCCUUCUCCAAAUUGCUCUGCUGGGCGGACGCAGGAACCAAAAAACUGGAGUGUACACUACCUAACGGAACUGGUCGGCGUGUCAUUCAGAAUAACCUCAACUACCCCUUUAGCAUUGUUAGCUAUGCAGACCACUUCUACCACACGGACUGGAGGAGGGAUGGCGUUAUAUCAGUAAAUAAGGAAAGUGGUCAAUUUAUCGACGAGUAUAUUCCAGAGCAGCGAUCUCACCUCUACGGAAUUACUGCGGUCUAUCCCUACUGCCCAACAGGAAGAAAGUAAAUCUGGCAAUGUGAAGGACUUGGAGUUUAUAAUCAGUACCUUGACCCUAAAGAACAUUUACUGCAAGCAAAGGCAAAGAAAGUGAAAGAGGAAUUGGCGAUUAGAAGAUCCUGGACAUAUAAGAUGAACAUUUUUUGUGCAAAAAGACUAUAUUUUGUGAAAAGUUUUACCUCAAUUCUUACUACUGUAUUUUUAAGAACAUAGAUUGUUACUGCAAGUCAAAAAUAGGUAAGAGAACUUUUAACUGUUGCUUAUUAAAGCAACUUUUUAUAGGCAUAUUUAAAAGGUGAAAUUUAUUCAAUUAAGAACCAAUUAGAGUUUAAAUCUAAUUCUUGCUAUGGAUUCAUUCUGGUCAAGAAAUGAAAAGCACACGUGAUCUAGUAUAAAGAUCAUAAAUCUUGAUGUAGUUAGAGAAGGUUAUGCAGAACUGAUUUCCCAACAAAAGUUUUUACCUCUGCAUCAAUGUAUUUCUAUUUAUAUUAAAAGGUGCUAGAAUGACUUAAUUUGUAUCUUCUGAUUCUGUAAGUAACUCUACAAAAGUACCCACUACAUUUAUAAAUACCAAAGAUGUAAUAGUUCUCAUAUUUUCUAGUUUAUUCCAAUAAAAUAAAACUUUAAGUUUUCCUAUGA